UCGAGUCGGUGGUUGGGUUGCAUUUGUUUUUUCUUCUCUUCUAAUAUGAUUUUCAUCUCAUCUUAAUGUUGAUUGUGUAUCAAUUUUGGUUCAGUGUGUUAAUUUGUAAAACACACUUUUGUGUUUAAUUGUUUUCCUCUAAUUUUAUUCAAUCUUCUCCUCAUCUUGUUCACCAUUUUCAGAUGAACAACUAACAAUUUUGUUUCUCAAUAUUUUUACCUGUUUUAUCUCUUUGAAUGUGUGUGUAUCUCUUUUAUUCUCCUCUGUCAUUUCUAUUCUAAUCUUAUACAAAAAAUUCUCUUUUUCUUGAAUGUUCAACAUUUUCUCAUCUCAAACACAACAACAUUUUAACCAUUGUGGUCUCUCUUUAUCCUCACUUACUGGUUAUAUUACUAUGUUGUUGUAAUAUGUGUUUUAUGUGAAUUCAAGUUAAACAAGAAAAUUAAAACCUAAUGCAGUCCACUGACUGCAACCUACCCUUGGAAAUUAAAUACUAAUUUAUCCUUACCUACAUAUUACCUUAUAUUUUCUUCUCUCUUUUCUCUAUUGCUCCUCUGUCUCUCAAUCUCUUUCUCUCUUUCUAUCUUUUUUUCUUUUGCUUUCUCUUUUUCCCUCUGUGUUUCUUUCUCUUGCCUUUCUCUAUUUCUUUCCCUUUCUCUUUUUCUCUUUGAAAUUUUUUCUGUGUCUGUGUUUAUGUGAGUUGUUUCUCUUUUUUCUCUUUACCCUCUUCUUCUAUUCAUCAUCAUCACCAUCGUUUUUUGAUCAUCGCCAACAUCAACAUCACACAAUCACACGCAACUAUAUAUACAUAAAUUCAUCUAAUAAUUUUUUUUUGUUUUCUACAUUUAUUUCAUCUAUUACACUUACACAAAUCAUCAUUUCUGCUCAAAUGUCGGUCGUAUCCACUGGAAUGGAGACUAAUAUUACCCUUUGGCAGUUCCUAUUGGAGUUACUUUUAAAUAAUCAGUAUAAACAAAUUAUCACUUGGACCAAUACCGAUGGCGAGUUCAAAUUAAUCAACGCCGAAGAGGUUGCUCGUCUGUGGGGCUUAAAGAAAAACAAACGUAACAUGAAUUAUGAUAAAUUAAGUCGUGCUCUUCGUUAUUAUUAUGAUAAGAAUAUCAUCAAGAAAGUGCUUGGACAAAAAUUUGUUUAUCGAUUUGUGGCUUUCCCUGAGAUAAUUAAAAUGGAAAAUAAGAUUCCAUUCCAUGUUAAAAUGGAAAGCAUGUCUAACGGUUCCAUGGGUGGUAAUGGAUCACCAGUGGAAAAUAUUGGAAUCACCUCAGGAGUUGGUGGAGGUUCAAUUGGUAGUCCAAUAAGUGGUGGAUCCAAUUCAAAUGGAUCUAACAGUAGUAACGGGAGUCCAAGUAGCCCAACCAUACCGAACAAUUUAAAUAAGCAUAUUGCUAAUUUGAGAGACUUAAACCUUAAUAAUGGGAACAACAAUCAUCAUCAUCUUCAUCCUCAUCAUAAAUUUUUGUCGCCUUCAAAUGUUCCUCCACUUACUCUUACCUAUCCCGGUGGAUCACCUUCACCCUCUCUUGAACCAACUGACCUUUCAUGUAAAAGCUCACCUCGAUCUAGUAGUCGUAAUAGUAACAAUUAUUACAAUGGAUCAGGUGGAUUACCAAUGAAUCUAAAUGGUAAACGAUUCAAUGAGAUUGAUACAGAAUCAAUUAGUGACGAGAUCGACAGUGACGGUGGAACCAGUAAUGGAAGUUCCAAUAAGAAAACAAAGACUCAUCUUCUUGGUUCAUCAUCUCGUUCGCCAUCACCCUCAUCAGCAGCUUCUGAAGCCCCAUCACCCGUUAGUGAAGAAGACAACGGGUCACCCAUUAACCUAGUACAAUCAUCAAGAAGUCGCGAGUUCUCAAGAGAACGUAAUUCCGAUUCUUCAUCGAGCAAUACAAGAGACACAAAUAACAAUACCAAUACUAAUGGAUUAAUUAAUGGCUCUCGUAAAGCAAAACCCAAACCACCACCGAUAACGGGAAUUCCAACAAGUCCCACAAGAUUAGGAGCUACUUAUGCUUCAUCACUUCAGACACCAAUAGUCACAUUUGCAUCUCCUUUUUUCAACACAAAAAACACCACUCCAGUAGGAUUGUUACCCACUGCGGCAGCAUUUUCAUUCUGGAAUUCAAUUUCACCUCUUCUCUUGAGUCCAAGAAUUGGUCCUGGUUCACCGGCUGCUACACCAACUUCUAGUUCCAAUCAUUUUCAAUUUCCCGUUGGACAUCAUCACCUGACCAGCAAUCAUUCCUCUCCAUCAGGACCACUUGGUUUACUUCCCUCUCCAUCAAGUUUAAAUCCAUUAACGCCUUACUCAUUUUCUCCACUUCUUGGUGCCUCUGGUUCACCAUUUUCUCCGUUCGAUCCGCAAAUGUUGUUCUCACCAUCACCAACAUCCAAAUCGAUUUCAGUCCUUCAGUAACACCUACCAACAAAACAUCAUCUACAAAUAACUGAAGUUAACAAUACAGUUAAUUAAUACUUUGUAAUUAAAUGAGAAUGAUAUAUAUAUACAAACAUACACCACAAAACAUAUUUAAAUAGUCACUUCUAUUGAGAUCAUUGUGAUUCUAGUUUGAACCAGGGAUUCGGUCUCUCUCUCUCUCUCUUUCUUCAUCUCAUCUCUUUCUAUCCGGUCUUAAGUGUCUUGAUUAAACCAUCAACAGAAUUUAUUUUUCUCCUUAUUCUCUCUCCUUCUGAGAUUCAUCUAUGAUUAUCAUCAUCUUAAUAACAAUUAACUUAACUAUGUCUAAAUCAUUUCCUCUUCUUUUUUCCCAUUUCCACUUCCUCUUUUUUUGAUGUCCAUUGAUAUUCAAAUUAUUUUUACCAAUUUUGACCUUUUGUUGUUAUUAAUUGUUGUUGUUAGAUAUGUUGAUCAAUUGUCUUUUUCUUAUCUUAUUUUCUUAAUCAUUUGAUCUCAUAGGAUGUAAACAAUUGAUUAACUUUAAUUGUCCAUUGAGUAUUAAUCUCACUUACUCACUCACUCAUUUCUCUCUCACACUUUUCUCUCUUCUCCCUCUUCUAGAGUUUAUUAUAAACAGAAUGAUGAAGAUGAUCUUGGAAGAUAAAUAUUGAUGAUAAGUGAUUUUUUUCUGUCGAGCUUUCAUAACAAUCAGUAAACAAUCAACUAAUUAUAAUCAAGCCGAUUAAUCAAUCUUCCUCUUCCUGUAACCAUAAUCCUCUGAAAUCACUUUCAUACUUUGAUCCUUAAUCCCAAUGAUUAAAAUUCAUUUCAUAAACUAUUACAAUUAAGGUGAAGUUAAUAAUGAAAUUAAUCAAUUGAAAGCCUAAAUUAAGAUUUACAAUCAAUUAAACAACAACAAUAUUACAACAAUAUCACAAGGAAAACUAAUUAAUAAUAAAGAAUUUUUAAUUUCUCUCA